AUGGAGUUGCCUUGUAUUGACUUGACGAAAGGAGUCCCAGCUCCUGAGCACCCUCCCCCUCCCGGCCCCAAGCGCGAGCAGUGGACAGGGUGGGAAGCCUGGGACCAGCAUUGUAGAUUGGUUCAGCAGCACACACACCUACAGGACAUAGGCCAGCAUAUUCAACAUAUAGUGAAUUACUACUAUGAUCUAGAUGAUGAGCAUCUUGGUUCUAUCAGUCUUCCUAGUAUUGAGUUUCCAAAACAACCAGACCUAGAGAAUUAUUCCUACGAAGAGAUUGAAAAAUGGCACCGGGAUUUCUACCAGAAGAUUCUGGAAAUAGCGUUACCGCACAGCCAUUGUCGCGAAAACAACAAGCGCCAGGCGAAGGAGACGGAUGUACCACAAUUAUAUCGUCCGCUUCGCCUCUCAAAAUCAGCUUUUACCAUACGAUUGUUGGAGGUUCUGCCAUCUGAUACCGAAAAUGAGAAUCUGUCUACAAGACUCUUCAACGUAGACCUAAGCUUGACUUGCCCAUCGUACGAGGCUCUCUCGUAUAGGUGGGAGGAGAACCCUGGUGUUGGUGAAAGGCACUUUAUUCACGUCAAUGGCUUUAAGCAUGGGGUUACAUCUAAUCUGUAUAGCGCUCUCUCUUCACUGCGUCGUCAGUCUCAGAGCAGAGUUCUCUGGGUAGACUCCAUCUGCAUCAACCAGGUUGAUAUGGCAGAGCGAUACGACCAAGUCUUGCUUAUGGCUAGGAUUUACGGUGGGGCAAGUAGGGUUGUUGUGUAUCUUGGCCCAUCUACACCAUCGUCAGCCACGGUUUUUAAACUGUUACAAUCGCCCAUUUGUAAUCCCACAGCCAUCGCAGAAUCUCAAGACGAAGGAGAAGGUGACGACGAGCAAGAGGACGAGCAAGAAUUCACUGAUCCAGCAUUUUGGAGAUUGUGUCACGAUGCAGGUCCCGACAUGAUCGAGGGAUUCAUCGACGUGAGCACUAGGAGCUGGUGGACAAGGAUAUGGGUUCUCCAAGAGUAUACUCUGAACAAGCGCGACCCGGUUAUUUAUUGCGGACGUUUCAAAGUGAUGAACAAAGUAUUUUCUGAGAACUUCCAAAAGCUGUUCUCGUGGGUGGAGCAUCGGAGACGGCAUCCGAAGUUGUUGCAGAAUUGCGACCAUCCAGCAUGCGAUGUGCUGUUUGAUACAGUGAAAGGGAAAGGCGAAGUAUCAGUUGAUGUCCAAGACGAGAAGAAAAAACAAAAAGUCUCUGACGAUAACGCUUUGUCAGUAAACGUCGACCCGAAUGUCAGACGAAGCAUUCUUCCUCCUCAAGGUUCCCAGGGCCGACAAUGGACAGCAUGGGGUCGGCAAUCCGAAUGCACUAAUCCGUGUGAUAUUGUCUAUGGCCUCCGAGAACUCAUGGACCCUCUCUUCCAAAGCCUUUUCCUGCCCGACUACAUGAUCCCUUUACCAAUACUUUUUACUCGCCUGGCGGCCUACAUCAUAAUCGUUGAAAGGAAUAUGGAUAUAUAUUGGCACUUCCCCUACCGCCUACGCGACGACCGUCUCGGACUUGGAAAGGUCCAACUCCAAAGGCAGGGUGGUGUUUGCGAUAUCCCUUCAUGGGUUCCCAACUUUAGCAGACCACGGUUGGAUCGAAAUGGCGAACGAAUGCCGGUCGCAGUCAAGAAGAAAACCGACUUUUGGCCCCAAAUUGCCCAUAUUCUCGACCACGUACUUUUCAUGGAUGGAAUUCUUCUUGACGAAAUUACCAAGGUUUUCCCUGUUGCUCACAACGACUACUUCCUCAUCCUACAAACGCUGUGGUGGGUUGAGCGAUCAUUCUGGGAGCCUCACUAUCUACAAGACCUGAGGUCAGAGAAUUAUCUCAGAAACAGAAACCCAAAAGGCGUAUCCGACAAGAACAUCGUCGAUACGAUCUACGAGCUUACAGACCUAAAUUCCUUGCUCAAGGAAACGUUUGAUAGCUAUUUGGUAAAGAUGCCACAUGUCGUCGAUAUGAUCAUGGAAAAGAAAUGGCGGAAAUCAGAAUCUGUUUGCUCCACCGACUCUCUUGAGAAAACCGGAGGAUUGCAUCGCCGGAUUCAAGAUAUUCAGGAUCUUGAUCUGAAUAACGAGGGAACAUUCGCGACGUCAAUUCCGAGCCGCGAUGACCUUAUAGAAGAGAUGGAGUCGCGUUUCAUGGAGUUCGCAUUGCGCAUUACUGCCCCGAGUAAGUUGAAGGACCUCGUUGGCAUCUCCACGUUCGACUAUGACAACUUCUGUUCUCAAAUACUGGAGGGAUAUAGUCUUGUCUGGUCACGGCGCGUGUCGGAGAAAUCAGGCGACAAACAAGGUCAAGAGACUAUGGACAUGACUUUCUCACGUUGGGCUAUGAUGUACAGCGAGUACAUCGAUGCUGUCGACAAUGGGCACGAUAUGCUGGAAUUGAGGCUGAGGGAGGGGUUUCUCGUGGAUCUGGCAACAAAAAUACAUAAGUCGACAGCAGAUAUGGUGGGUAUUCAAGGGAGCACAGUACGGGGCAGGGUCGAGGUUGAGGGUAUCCAGCAAGACUCCGGGGUCGCCAAGAAGGUAUCACACCGUCGGAUAUACAAGUUUCCUACCGAGUCUGAUGACAGGAAAACACGACACGGAUAUCAGGAAGGCAAUACGACUAGGGAGGACAUAUCCUCUCUUGGUCUGCCUCACAACGAUUGGUCUGUGGAGGUACGGGAACUCAUGUAUGACGUGCAUCACUCACUAUGCGACGUGGUCGACUUUCUCCAGGGCCGCGAGCUUUUUGUGACCGAGUCUGGUUUAGUAGGAAUCACUGGGGUAGGAACAAGUGGAAUACAAGAUGGCGAUGAUAUUCUUCUGCUCGAAGGCAUGUCCUACCCUCUGAUUGGGAGACUAGAACCGUUGCCUGAGUUGGGAGUCCCUAAGAGAAGGAGAGAGAUGCCUACAAAAAUGAUGAAGCGGGAGAUUUUAGGUACCGCUGUCGUGAAGGAUGUCGAUCCAAAGGACGGUGAUGUAUCCGCGGCUACAAUGCCCUCAUGGUUUGAAGAUCUUUCCCGAGGAUCAAGGGGACUGUUUAGGUUUAGCUGA